CGGUCAUGAUUCUCCAAGAAAUCCACCAAUUAAACUCUCUCUUACUUGAGAAAAGAAGAAAAAUCGGGAAACAAAAGGAGUGGAUAGUUGAGAGACACACCUCAAAAAGGAUCUAGAAAAGAGAAUAUCUCCUUUUAUUUUCAUUUCGCAAAUUCAUCAUCGAAAUUACUUGUAGUUAUCAGAAUGGGGACAAUAGGCAAAACUACUACGGCCACUCUUUUUCUUUGUCUUCUUCUGUUUCCUAUUGUCUUUUCCACGCCUAAUGACAGAUUGGUUAGAAUUGGACUCAAAAAGAGAAAGAUUGACCGAAACAAUCGGAUGGCUGCACACCUUGAAUCCAAGGAGGAAAAGGCAUCUGAAGCUUUUCUUAGAAAGUAUCGUCUUCAUGGGAACUUGGGGGAAUCAGAGGACAUUGAUAUUGUGGCACUAAAGAACUACAUGGAUGCUCAGUACUUUGGUGAGAUUGGUAUUGGCACUCCUACACAGAACUUCACUGUGAUAUUUGACACCGGGAGUUCUAAUUUGUGGGUUCCUUCAUCUAAAUGUUAUUUCUCGAUAGCAUGCUAUUUCCAUCCAAAAUAUAAAUCAAGCCAUUCACGUACCUACAAGGCUAAUGGUAAACCAGCGGAUAUCCAAUAUGGCACUGGAGCUAUUUCUGGAUUCUUUAGUGAGGACCAUGUAACAGUUGGUGAUCUUGUAGUUAAACAUCAGGAAUUUAUUGAGGCAACAAAGGAGUCCAGCUUAACAUUUUUGAUUGCCAAGUUUGAUGGUAUACUUGGACUUGGAUUUAAAGAGAUUUCAGUUGGAAAUGCUGUGCCUGUAUGGUACAACAUGGUCAAUCAAGGUCUUGUUAAUGAACCAGUUUUUUCAUUUUGGCUUAAUCGCAAUCCUGAGGAUGAUGUUGGCGGAGAAGUGGUUUUUGGUGGGAUGGAUCCAAAACAUUACAAGGGGGAACACACUUAUGUUCCUGUAACACAGAAAGGAUACUGGCAGUUCGAUAUGGGUGAUGUUCUGAUUGGUGACCAAACAACUGGACUUUGUGCCAGUGGCUGCAGUGCUAUUGUUGAUUCCGGAACUUCCUUGUUGACUGGACCUACGGCUAUUAUUGCUCAAGUCAAUCAUGCUAUUGGUGCAACAGGGGUUGUAAGUCAAGAAUGCAAGACUGUAGUUUCAGAAUACGGAGAAACAAUAAUUGACUUGCUAUUAUCGAAGGACCAACCACUGAAAGUUUGCUCACAAAUAGGUUUGUGUUCAUUUGAUGGAACUCGAGAUGUAAGUAUGGGAAUCGAAAGUGUUGUGAAUGAGAAUGCUGGAAAAGCCUCUGGUAAUGUCCAUGAUGCAAUGUGUUCUGUUUGUGAGAUGGCAGUCAUAUGGGUGCAAAGCCAACUUAAACAGAACCAGACUCAGGAGCGUAUACUUGAUUACGUCAAUGAGCUCUGUGACCGGUUGCCUAGUCCAAUGGGAGAAUCAGUUGUUGAUUGUAACAGCCUAUCUUCUAUGCCUAGUGUCGCCUUUACAAUCGGUGGAAAGAUACUUGAGCUUACCCCUGAGCAGUACAUUCUAAAAGUUGGUGACGGAGAGCUAGCUCAAUGCAUUAGCGGAUUCGGUGCUCUUGAUGUACCACCGCCUCGCGGACCACUCUGGAUCUUGGGCGACGUGUUUAUGGGUAAGUUCCAUACGGUUUUCGACUAUGGAAACAUGCAAAUUGGAUUUGCAGAGGCUGCAUAAAGUAAUCACUAUUCAACAUUUAAACCCCUUUGGUAUGUAUAAUAUGCAGUGCUAAGUAUUACUCUUAUAAAAAUAAGAGAGUGGGAUUUAGUAUCUAAUGAUAAUUUGCAUGUAAAUAUAAUGUUGGGUGUGGUAGGAGCUUUUAUUGGGAAAGAAUUUUACUUGCUAUAUACUUAUAAUUAAUGAUGCAACUUAAUUUUAGCUUUUAUGAGAGCUAAGGUUACAUAUUUU